UUUCAUUACACGCAACUUUCCCAUUUAAAUGCUAUUUUCUAGCCGUAUAAAGCAAAGUUGAGCUCCUGUGUACCAUCAGUCUGCUGUCUCUCUUUUGUUUGCCCCCCUGUCAUUUCCACUCCUCUCUCAUUUCCUGUGUCCUGUUGUCAUGGCCACUGUUGCCAAGGAGAGGCGGCCACAAUAGAAGGAAAUGUAAGCCAGAGAUCUUGUAGCCGUAAUAUUUUAUUCAUCAACACAGACACUAACGUCUCCGGGUUAUAGAGCGGGGCGAAACAGAGGGCGAAACAUGUUCAGCUAGUUAGAAACAAAUCAUCUUUCCUUGUUCUUUAUCAAAUAACUACACUUUAAAAUGCAUAUUUUUAUAUUCAUAAAACCCAAUUCAUCUUAAAAAACUGGGCAAAGUAUAAUAUUGUAUUGAUGUAAACAGAUCUGUAGUUCACACGUCACACUGUUAAAAAACUAUUUACAGAAAUACGUUUCAGGAAAGUUUUUCCAUCACAAACAAGAAACCGACUGCUGUACUGCAAAGUGGAGUUUUUGCCCCCUCAAAACCGAUUCACGAAAAUCCAAAGCACAUCUGUUUAAGCAGCUACACUUAGCUUUUUAAGCCCCAUUGUUGAGGGCCCUAAAUUGUUGUGUGUUAAUUGAUCCUCUGACAGACACCACACUCGCCCUCCCUCCUUUCUCUUGUCCCGUCUCCCUCUAUACACUGUUAUUUGCUUUCUUUUCGGCUUUGGUCAGGACUGUUUCUGAAGAUUAGCAAAAUCGGCACACUUAAACACCUGUUAAUGUUAUCGGGCCGUCCAAUAGACGAUCACCGCCGUGACUGCAACUAACCAACCGGUGACAGUUUUGUUGUGGGGAGGAAAGAGGAGACUGCUUUUGUCUUUGCUUAAGUGGCUUGAGGUACGGCACCCUUUUUGUGUUUCGGCUGCCCUUGAUACGAAGAAGAUCUUGUCCUUUGGGUUUCAUCCUCACAGAAACCAACACGUGUUGGUGUGUCAAAUCUGAAGAACUUAUUUGCAGCAUCAAUUGGAUUUUUAACUCAAGCAAAACUGCCGGAUAAUAUCCUAAGGAUUGUGCUGUUUAAGUUCGUCUUGAUUCUUUCAACAUUGCUGAAAUUCUUCGGUUUGUUUGGGUCUUUGGAGGUAAUCCAGCCGCUGCCUCCAUGUAACAGUAUCAAAUUUAAUCUGUGUGACCCAUUUGGGUAAGUCAACACCAACGUGGGUAGCAACAGAGGCACACGUCCCGAUGAUAAGAGGAGAUCUUUCUUUACAGAGAAGAGAACGAGUCCGCUGCCACCUACUUCUGCCAUCUGGACGUAGGAACUUCAAAGUUUCAGUCGGUCCAAUGUGGGUGAGCUGAGACAAGUGACAGAUUAUUUUGGAGAUCUUGAAUUAUUCUCUGUCUGAGUAACGUGGAUGCCCAAAUUGAGGUUUUACGAAAGUUUGUUUUGAGCCAUUGAAAAGAAGAAGGUUUAACAAACUUUCACUUUUUCAGGAGUAAUAAGAGGAUUGGCAGUCGUGCCAACCUCUGACAGUUAUCCCCAUCUGGACCUUCUGCAAGCGGAAAGGUGUCGUCGAGGUUGUGGCCCGAGGAGGCGUGGUAUUCAGAGGGUGGCGAUAUGGUGAACACAGGAAUGCAAUUGAUCAGCUUUACCUGCGCCGUGACAGGCUGGGUGAUGGCUAUAGCGGUGACCGCGCUGCCCCAGUGGAAAGUCACGGCCUUUAUAGGCAGCAACAUCCUUACCUCCGAGAUCGUCUGGCAGGGCAUAUGGAUGAACUGUAUCUACCAGACCACCGGACAUAUGCAGUGUAAGACCUACGACUCCAUGCUGGCUCUGCCGCCUGAUAUCCAGGCGGCACGGGCUCUUAUGUGCAUUGCCAUCUUCUUGGGCUGGUUGUCCUGCACCGUCUCUUGCUGUGGCAUGAAGUGCACCACCUGCGCCGGGGACGAUCGCCAUGCCAAGGCCGGCAUAGCUCUGUCCGGUGGGGUGCUCUUCAUCCUGACGGGCCUGUGCGUCCUAGUUCCGGUUUCUUGGACAGCAAAUACUGUGGUGCAGGACUUCUACAACCCUAACGUUCCCCUGCAGCACAAGCGGGAGCUGGGUCAGGCCAUUUAUUUGGGAUGGGCGGCAGCCGUGAUCCUUAUGAUCAGCGGGGCCGUGCUGAGCAGCACCUGCCCACACAUCGAAAGAGGGGGGUACAGACGAGGGUACACGGGCCGUAGUUUCGCCAACUCUAAGCCUUCCGCACCCGAUCUCCCCAAGCCUAUCACCACCAGCACCUUGCCUCUUAAAGAGUACGUAUAGGGGAAAUUUGAGCAGAUAUUAGUGAUGUAAAGUGCUAAUGAGAGGCUAAAUAGGGAGACUAAAUUGGAAAUUAAAUGUGCACUCAGUAAACAUUUAGUUUUUUUGCUGGAUGGAGGCGCUUGCCGCUUAAUGUCCAGUAAUUUCUUUACCCUGUUUGUUUCCUAGCUCCCGCUUGUUUAGUUGUUUUAUUCAUUUUUUUGUAUAGGUGGAUCACACACAUGCUUAUUCAUACUUAAGUAUAGGCUGUUAUGUGGUGUUUAAAAUGUAUAUUGUGUUAUUGUUGUUAUGUUCGGUUUGCUUGUUUUAUUAGAUGUACCUAAAAUUUAUGUUAAUGCCUCAUAGUGUUUUACACACUUGUAGUUUUCAUAGAUCAAGUGCUUUACACACUAUCAACAUUUUUUCCCUAGCUGUCACUUGGGAAGUAAAAAAAAAGUUUCCUAAAAUGUACCAUUUAGGUACAGAUAUGUAUACAUUUGGUACCAUUAUGUACAGAUGAGGAAUUAUUAUGAACUCUUUAGGUGAAAAGGUGUACUUUUUAAAAGGGUGCCGCACCAGUGACAGCUUGGUACCACUUUUCUAAAACGUAUAAACUCUUUAAGCAGAAGUGUGUCAUUUCUCUGCUGCUGGCAUCAUCAAAUGAAACUGUGUUUUUAAGAUUCAUUCUUAUUAUUAUUUCUUGGUUGGAUUAAUACCCCCAAACAUUUUCCAGUGGUUGAUCAAAUUUUGUUUCUGAAUAAAAAUAUGGGAUGGGAAAAAGGAUUUUGAUGUAGAAAAAGUUCACACUUCGGCUUUGCAUAAAAAUAUUUUUAUAUUCUCAACACUGCAUACGCCACAGGAGUCUCUUCAUCAUAUGUUAGUGAACAUCACGUGAUAUCUUUCAGAAGUAUUAUUCUUAAAGGGUAAAAUGUUUUAAAUGUGAAUAAAUACUGGGUGCACCUUUAAUUAAAGAUAUAUUUGUAUUUUAGACACAAAGUUUUCUCUGUUUGAGUGCUAAUGGUACUAUAUCAGUAUUGUAGUGGGUUUGAGACUUAACUAAUUUAUCAUUUUCUGUCUCUGUUAUGCUCUCAUGAGAAAUGUGGACUUGGUUACACUAUGCUAUUUAUGAUUAUUAUUUAGAUUUAUUUUACUGUUUUAAUUUUUAUUUGAUUUUGUUUAAAAAGUUUGAUAGCACUGGCAUUCAAUACCUAUAUUCAGUGUCUUCCCAUGCUUAAAUUGUAGUCUUAACAAAUUACAGAGCAGUAAUGUAUCUAAUACGUAGAUAAAACCAAACAUUACUUAUUGUGUUUGUUGUGAAUACUCUUUUAUUUAUUGAAAAUGUGAGCUUUAAACUGUUUGAUAAAAAUAAAAGUGUGAUUUGACUGUUCAGUAUUAACAGUGAGCUUAUUUCAUUACACACACAAAAAAAUAUGACUGGUUACU